UCAAGCAAUUUCUCAUCUAAACUACAUCUCACCGCCAUGGACCCAACAGACCUACUACCGCUGCUUGAGCAGCUGGAUGACAAUGUCGAUGAUUUGGAGAUUGUUCUCCAGCCUCUUUUGGCCAGCACACUCCUCAAAAACUCAAACAAAUUGCCUGUUAUGGACAAAGCAAAACUUCACGUGUUGAUCACCUACACACUAGAAUCACUAAUAUUCUCUUAUCUGCGGCUUCAUGGCGUAGAUGCGAAGCAGCACCCGGUGUUCCGGGAACUGACCCGUGUGAAGCAGUACUUUGAAAAGAUCAAGGCACUGGAAACCGAGCCCGAGGAACGCCCCAUGACCCUUGAUAAGGCAGCUGCGGGAAGGUUUAUCAAACAUGGCCUUGCUGGCAAUGAUAAGUAUGACUUGGAACGGGCAGAAAAGCAGGCCAAAGAGCGAGCCCGUGCUGAGUUCAAAGCAGCCAUGCUCGCCCGCAAGAGCAUUGAGGCCUCGAAAGCGCAAUCCAGUAAUGAUUCUGACGAUGACGAUUCUGAAGGGGGCGUGGAUAUUGCAACAGCAGCACAGCCCCAGGUUGACACAAAUCACCCCGGAAAGGCCGAGAAAGAUAGCAAAAAGACAUCCAAGGGAGAGCCCAAAUCAGAAAACAGCAAGUCAAAGAAAGAGAGGAAAAUCAACAAGGCGACACUGAAAGAAGAGAAGAAGGAGCGCCGGCUGAAGAAGGAGGACUCCCGAAAGGCCCGCAAGGCUCAAUGA